UUCUUCCUUCUACAAAAUUUGAAAAUGGCUUCUUAAGGUGACAACUUAUCUUUCUCUGCUGAAUAAAUGAAUACUUUCACUGAUCUUCUUGGUAAUGAAGAAGACAUGAAUUUGGAGAAAUCUUCAUUCGAUUGGGGACUUUCUGAUAUUGAAAUCCCAAACUAUAAGCCAUUUCAUUCCCCUCCUUCAUUUCUUUCUAUUUCUCCUAGUUUCAGCCCUUCUGUUCUGUUUGACUCUCCUGUACUGUUUUCGUCGUCUAAUGUUGUUCCAUCUCCUACUACCAGGACCUUUGCUGAUCAAGCCUCCGAGGAGGAGGGCAGAAAGUAUUCCCAUUUUUCUUUCCCAUCUGAAACGAGACCUUCCACCUGUUCGUCGUCUAUGUUUUCUGAAGGAAGGAAUUCAUCUGAAAAAUUAAAAGCUAGGGUGAAAUCAGAAUCAGCUCCAACUCAAGGCCUUCCUCAAGAGGUUCCCAGAUUUCAAGCAAACAAUCAGAGCAAUCCUAAUAUGCAGAUUAGUCAAAUGCAUUAUGCUCAACAACUUCAGUAUGUUAGGGAGCAGAAAAAACCAGAUGAUGGAUACAACUGGAGGAAGUAUGGACAAAAGCAAGUUAAGGGAAGUGAAAAUCCUCGUAGUUAUUACAAGUGUUCGUUUCCAAAUUGUCCUACGAAAAAAAUAAUCCAGCAAAAUUUGGAUGGACAUAUUACUGAAAUAGUAUACAAGGGAAAUCACAAUCAUCUCAAACCUCUGUCAACUCGAAGAUCAUCUUCAAGUUCGAUUCAGGGAAUUUCAAAUUAUUCACAUGACAAUGCUCAGAUGAAGUCUCUGAUAAUCUCUGAGAAUUCAUCGGCUUCUUUUGGCAAUGAUGAUUUUGAACAAGGAUCUGCCAUGAGUAACUCAAGAUACGAGAAUGAAACUGAACCAGAAGCUAAGAGAUGGAAGGGGGACGUUGAAUGUGAGGACAUACCAGAUCAAGGAAGUAGAACCAUUCGCGAACCUAGAGUUGUUGUUCAAACCACAAGUGAGAUUGAUAAUCUUGAUGAUGGUUAUAGGUGGAGGAAAUAUGGACAGAAAAUUGUUAGGGGCAACCAAAAUCCUAGGAGCUACUACAAAUGCACAUAUGAUGGAUGUCCCGUUAGGAAGCAAGUAGAGCGAGCGUCCCAUGAUAUGAAGGCAGUGAUCACUACUUACGGAGGAAAACACAACCACGAUGUUCCUGCAGCACGUGGUAGCAGCAGUUACACCAGACCAUCUGUGAACAGCAACAAUGCGCCUAUGGUCUUUAGGCCUUCAGCCAUGAACAGCCAUUCUAACGACUGGACAAUUUUCCCUGACUUGCUUUAGACAACCUGGCUACUAUAAACAAAGAAUCAAACACCAUAUACCCUUAGAAAUUGCAGGAGGCAGGUAGUUUUCCAUUCUUGAGUUUCAGAAACUCGGAAGGAUCCUACGCUAAUGAAAUGCAGCAGGAAAACACUGCUCUCUCUAUGGCCAGGGAAGAGCCAAAAGAUGACUUUUUUUUUUUUUCCAACUCUUUUCUAAGUUGGUGAUUUCUUUAAAACAAAUUUUUUAGAGUACAAGAAAUUUAUUAUUAAUCAGUUGUGUAGUUUAAUAGUAGGACUCACUGUAUUUUUCAUUUGUUCUGGGGCUGGUAAUGCUUAGAACAAUACUCAUGAAAAGUUCUAGUGCUGCAUGAAAGAAAAUGCAAAACAAAGAGAAAGUCUAAGGGAACUUCAUAUUCUUUUCAAAUAUUUGUUUUUUUUCUUCCCUCAAUUAUUUGAAUAAAUUUCGAACGAACAGACUAGUCAUGCAUUUGCAUCA